AGUGCGCGCAGUCGCGCGCCUGUCCCCGCGCGGGCUCCGUAGCGCGUGUGCAGGCUGACGCAGUUCGCGGGCCCUCCUCCUGCUCUUGCCGCGGCGUCGGCGGAGUUUUGGGCGUUUGGGAGGGGGCGAGGGAGCGAGAGUCGAGAGAGGGAGAAGGCGGCGGCGGCGGCGGUGAGGAGGAGGAGGAGCAGGCGCCGCCAUGGCCGCCGCUAUCACCGACAUGGCCGACCUGGAGGAGCUCUCCCGCCUGAGCCCUCUGCCCCCCGGCAGCCUUGGCCCAGCGGCGCGGGGUCCGGCCGAGCCCCCUGAAGAGGAGGAAGAAGAGGAGGAGGAGGAGGAAGAGGAGGCGGAGGCCGAGGCGGUGGCGGCACUGCUCCUGAGCGGUGGCGGUGGUGGGGGCGGCGGCGGCGGAGUGGGGGGCGGCGAGGCGGAGACGAUGUCGGAGCCUAGCCCUGAGAGCGCCAGCCAGGCCGGGGAGGACGAGGACGAAGAGGAGGACGAUGAGGAGGACGAGAGCAGCAGCAGUGGCGGGGGUGAGGAGGAGAGUAGCGCCGAGAGCCUGGUGGGCAGCAGUGGCGGGAGCAGCAGCGACGAGACGCGCUCGCUGAGCCCCGGCGCCGCCAGCAGCAGCAGCGGGGAUGGGGACGGCAAGGAGGGCCUGGAGGAGCCCAAGGGACCGCGGGGCAGCCAGGGUGGCGGCGGGGGCGGCGGCAGCAGCAGCAGCAGCAGCGUCGUCUCUAGCGGCGGCGACGAGGGUUACGGGACCGGGGGCGGCGGAAGCAGCGCGACCUCCGGGGGACGGCGAGGCAGCUUGGAGAUGUCGUCGGAUGGAGAGCCCCUAAGCCGCAUGGACUCGGAGGACAGCAUAAGCAGUACUAUAAUGGAUGUAGACAGCACAAUUUCCAGUGGGCGUUCAACUCCAGCAAUGAUGAAUGGACAAGGAAGCACUACUUCUUCAAGCAAAAAUAUUGCCUAUAAUUGUUGUUGGGACCAGUGCCAGGCUUGCUUCAACUCUAGUCCUGAUCUGGCAGAUCACAUCCGUUCCAUACAUGUAGAUGGUCAGCGAGGAGGGGUAUUUGUUUGCUUAUGGAAAGGUUGUAAAGUAUACAAUACUCCAUCAACCAGUCAAAGUUGGUUACAGAGGCAUAUGCUGACACAUAGUGGAGAUAAACCUUUCAAGUGCGUUGUUGGUGGUUGCAACGCCAGCUUUGCUUCUCAGGGUGGGCUAGCUCGCCAUGUACCCACACACUUCAGUCAGCAGAACUCCUCAAAGGUUUCUAGCCAGCCAAAGGCCAAAGAAGAAUCUCCUUCUAAAGCUGGAAUGAACAAAAGGAGGAAAUUAAAGAACAAAAGACGACGUUCAUUACCACGACCACAUGAUUUCUUCGAUGCACAAACACUGGAUGCGAUAAGACAUCGGGCCAUAUGCUUUAACCUCUCAGCUCAUAUAGAAAGUUUAGGGAAGGGACACAGUGUUGUUUUUCAUAGUACUGUAAUAGCUAAGAGAAAAGAGGACUCUGGAAAGAUUAAACUUUUGCUUCAUUGGAUGCCUGAAGACAUUCUGCCUGAUGUAUGGGUGAAUGAAAGUGAACGACAUCAAUUAAAAACUAAAGUAGUUCAUUUAUCAAAACUACCCAAAGAUACUGCCUUGCUUUUGGACCCAAACAUAUACAGAACAAUGCCGCAGAAGAGGUUGAAGAGAACUCUAAGAAAAGUGUUCAAUUUGUAUUUAAGCAAACAGUGAACGACAUUUACCAUCAACUAAAAAUUCGUCUAUCGAAUUAGGGCUGAAAAUUACUGUUAAGAGUGUUGCAGUAUGUCUGAUGGCUCCCUUUUCAGGACUAGGGUUUUCUCAUGGAGUACACUAUGUUAAUAUUUACCUUUAUAAUUAAUCUGUUAAAGGUUUUUGAAAAACCUCUAUAUCAAAUGAUUUGAAUAAUCCUCAUAUUUUCAUUUUAACCUAUAUAAGACUCUAAUUGUUUUUUUCUGAGGAAAGCAUUUGGUUCUUUGAGUUUUUUUUUCUUAAUGUAAGAAAAAUUGUAUUUUUUUUAAAGUAUCUUCAAACUGAAUCCUUUAUGCACCAAAGUUGGUUUUGAAGAGGAAAAUAAAAUCACUUUCUUGCUUGGUUAGCAAGAGGCCAUAUGGAUUUUUUUAAACUUAGAAAAAUGGAAAUAUGUGUAACUUGUUAGUAUUGUAUCAAGAACUGUUGCAUAGAGAUAAUAGAACAUUGCUUGUAAAUAAUUCAGCAGAUUUGUAAUAUAUUUUUAUAUUAUGAAAUGUACUGUAGAUGUUUUUCUAGAGGCAUGAAAGUUAAAAUGUAUAUAUUAUGGUAGAAAUAAUAUUGAAGGAUAUUGUAAUUCACUAGUGCUGCCAGAGGAAUUGUUAAUAAAGCACCUUCUUUAACAAUAAAUGUCUUUUGCAGACUUAAGGGACUAUGUACUACUGUUAAUAUCUGAGAACAAAAUACAUUGAACAUCCUUCCAGAAAGUCUUUGAGGGAGGACCUGUACCCAUAAUCGAAUUAUGGCACUCAUUUCUGACAGUGACCGUGAAAUCAAUUAUUUCCUUACUGUUGGAAGGACAUAUUGUAAAGUAUGUGAUUUUAUGCAGUUAAACUGCAGACAAUACUCCUGAUUGAGGAGUUUUCACUUUACUACAGUAAAUAUAAAAACCAGCAAUUUUUACACUAAAUUUUUUUAAAGAAUAGACAAGAAUAUAGAAUUAAGCCUUUUGUUCCAAAAUGGGAAGGGUUCCAUGAUGCAUAAAUCAUUUCUCAUUUGCUUUAAAAAAUUAAAAAAAAAUGAAAAUAAAAAUUAUGAGAGACUAUUCAUACAGUGGGUUAGAGAGCUAUCUAUAUACAUGAAAUGAGUCAUAUAAAAUUAAAUGAAGUGCAAAUAAAAGCACUGCUACUAUAAGACAUUCUGGAAUGGUUGUUUAAUAAGGGUAUCCAUAUGAUCUGUAGCAAAUGUGGUUUUAUUUUUGAAAAGAAAAGCAGUGUGUUUUUGUUUUGUUUUGUUUUGUUUUGUUUUGCUUAAGCACUUCAUCAAUUGCUUUAUUCUGUAUCUACAAAGUAAUCUGCAGUCUCCUUUGUUCUUUUUUAAUUUUGAUUUGUUAUGAAAUUGCCAAAUAGAAGUGUUUCAGAUAUAUAGUCUGUAUCUGUAUUUUUAUUUUAUUACUUCAUGUUCUUGUAAGUCAUUUUUAAUUGACCGAUGAUUGUAGACCUUGCCUGAGUAUUUUUUCUAAUAAAACAAAACAAAUUACAUUUA